GACAGCCGACUAGUCAGCUCAACCCGCGCAAGCAGGAUGUCCUCCACGCCUCGCCACGGCGGCCACCGCGCGGCGCUGCUCGCCGCGGUCGUCCUCGCGUCCAUGCUCGCGGCAGCCCGCGCGCAGCAGGCGCAGGGCGGUGACGCGUCGUCAGGCUCCGGCGGCCCGGACCAAGUCAGCACGGCCAUGGUCGCGCUCCUCGCCGCCGUCGUCGCGGUGUUCGUCUUCAUCGCCGCCUCCACCGUUUACCUCCGCCACUGCAGCGGCUACGCCGUCAGCACCAGGUCGACGUCGGGCGAUGGCGGACGCGCGGCCGGCGCCCCAAGCAGCCUCGACGCCUUCUUCGCCUCGCGGUCGCGGUGGCAGAGGCGGCGUAGGUCGCGCGGGCUCGACGCCGAGGUCGUCGAGGCGUUCCCCACCAUGACGUACACCGAAGCCAAGGCGCUGCGAGUCGGAAAGGGCGGCGGCGCGCUCGAGUGCGCGGUGUGCCUUAGCGAGUUCGAGGGCGGGGACCGGCUCCGCCUGCUGCUGCCCAAGUGCAGUCACGCCUUCCACCCGGACUGCAUCGGCGAGUGGCUCGCCGGCCACGUCACCUGCCCCGUAUGCCGCUGCAACCUCGAACCUGAUCACAAGGACACCACCAGCGACGACGGGGAGCCGACGAGCUUCCCGCCGACGAUUCCGUUAGCGAGCAGCAUCUCCAGCGACACAGCGGUGGCACUGCAAUACGCUGGCCCGCUACCGGUGGCUGUGGUGAUCGACGUGGUCACCGAGGAGGAGGAAGAGGAGCGGAGGCAGGAGGCCCUAGAGCUGCAGCGGAUCGGGACCCACCGGCGGGCCAUGCGGUCGCGGUCGGGGACCCAGCCGCCGACGGCGGCAAAGCUCGCCCGGUGGCACUCCACGGGCCACUCCCACUCCCUCGCCGCCAGGCUCGACCGCGACCUGGAGCUGUUCACGCUGCGGCUGCCGGAGCAAGUUCGCAGGGAGAUGGUCGCCGCCGCGGCCGAGCGCAGCUCGCAGCUGCGCCGCGGGCGGAGGAGAGCCACCGCGGAAGGAGGCGGCGCCCGCAGCGCGCCCCUCGUAGGGCAGCUGGGCAGGUGGCAGUCGCUUCUCGGGAGGACCUUCUCCGGGAGGCUGUCCUUCUUCUCCGCGUCGAGGGUGACGGUAGGCUCCGGCGGCGGAGAAGUGUCGUCCUCGUCGUCUUACUCUUACGCGAGGCUGAGAGGGAAGCGCGUCGCCGCCGUUGAUGUCGCCGACGACGUUCCAGCUGAGGGGAGCAUCUGCCUUGACAGCAUUGGAGUUGGAGGCAGCGGGUCCUGUGCAAGUGCAAAAGCGACCCCCGAGGAGGUGGCGGCAGCAGCGAACGAGAAGGAAGUUAAAAAGCAGCUUCGGACGUAGCAUGGGAACGGAAGCUUUGAAAGUACUGUACAAGUGUACGUAGUAGAACCUUGAAAGUGCUGUCAAGUUGCUGAUUUCGUGCUGUAAUAGCAACGUGGUAGUCGUCGAAAACUAGGGAUAUAGAAAGUGUAAUUACAAUUUUGUGUUACUGGAGCAGAACCACGUGAGGCGCGCUGCAAGUGGAGAUCGUCUGGAAAAAGUUGAAUUUUAAUUUGCAGUCCCAUCCGUUCUGAUGGUAUGCAUUUUAGAAGACUUCGGGUAUUUGGU